UAUCCUCCUCUCCCCAACUUCUCUCCCUUCUCCUUUUAUUUUCGUAUCUUGCAGCUACCACUUGAAGCUUUCCAAACCCUCAUACAGUGUCCCAUCAUCAUUUCUUCUAACAGGAGUUAGUUCGUUCGUUCGUUCACUAAUGGAUCAGUCGGCCGGCGGCCAGCAUAUGCAUCAGGAUUCAAAGACCUCAAGCGAGGAUAGCGAUCAGCAGCAAGAUCAAGAUGAUGCGAGUACAGGCCGAUCGUAUGGGUGCGUGUUCUGUAAGCGAGGUUUCACCACUGCGCAGGCCUUGGGUGGCCACAUGAACAUCCAUAGGAAAGAUAGAGCACGGAUCAGGCAGCCUGCAGUUCCAUCGGUUUCGACCGGCAAACCGGACAACGAAUACGUCAGUCCGGCGCCGUUGCCUCCUCCACCGACUUCUACCCGCUGGCCACUUUAUAGAUCUCCACCCCGAGAGGCACAGACUACUACUUAUCACGUGUAUCUCCCACCAUCAUCAUCCGGCACUAGACACCCACCUGAGUACCAUGCAGAUGAAUUUCACCUUCAAAGGCCACAGCCCUUGAGCCCAUUUGACGAACACGAUUGGCGCACAAAUUUGAGCUUACAACUGGGUCCAACACAUACCAAGAAUGGCGGUGAAGGAGAGAAUAAAAGAGAGGCCCAAGAAGAUGAGCCAGAUUUGGAGCUUCGACUUGGUCACGAUCCCUAGCUAGUCAUAAACAUUUACGUCGUAUACACAGCAUUAUUGCCUAUAUUGUAUAGGUAGGUAUUCUUUGAUUCUGAUAUAAUGGAUUUUGGAGGUCUUGGUGUUG